AGUGUGACGGCACGGCAGUUAGCCACAGUUUGGCAGAGGAAGAGGGUGUGUGAAUUUGAGUGGCUUAGUUGCCGGCGUCCGAAGCUUAGUAAAAUCGCUCAUUUUAGAUGUGACAACCUUCUUACGUGCUUGUAAAGCUGUGGAGGUGACUGAUGCUCCAGCACUUGGCCCAUCCUCUUAAAUCGAGAUGGUGGUUCUUCCAACUGAUAAAGAUAUUAAGAUAAUUCACCUCAAAGGCAGAUAUAUAUAUUCUGAAGCAAAAUGGUGAGAUUUAGUGUAUACGUCAAAGCUGAAACUGAGAAUGUGGAGACUUUGUUCUUCAACCCAGAUGAGUAUGUCUGGAAUAUAAUGGUGAAGUGUGCUAAUUGUAAAGAAGUGUACGACAACUGGCAGACAUUAUGUAAAAGUGUAACCAAACCACUACGUGUUGGAAGAGGCUAUGUUCACUACUCGUCCAAGUGUAAAUUUUGCAAGAUGGAGAAUAGUAUCAUUAUUAUGGAGGACUCCAUGAAGCCAUAUGAUGGAAACAGAAAUGAUUUCCAGCCUAUCGCAACGUUUGAGUGUCGUGGGAUUGAAUUGAUGGGCAUUAGACCAGGUGGUGGUUGGAUUGUAACAACAAAGAGGAAUAAUAGCACCUUCACCGAUAUCAAUCUUGAUGAAGAUUAUGUAGAAUACAAUGAAGAAGGUGUUUUAAGUAUUUUGGAUUUUGAGUGCCAAGUUAGAAGAUCCUGAGUGAAAUAAGUGUGUAAUUAUUGUACUGUGUUCAAAUAAAUUCUUAAUAUGUAUU